CUAGGCAUGCAGACUGCUUCUACAAACAUUUGUGAAAGAAUGGGUCGCUCUCAGGAGCUCAGUGAAUUCAAGCGUGGUACCGUGAUAGGUUGCCACCUGUGCAAUAAGUCCAUCUGUGAAAUUUCCUUGCUACUAAAUAUUCCACGGUCUACUGUUAGUGGUAUUAUAACAAAGUGGAAGCAACUGGGAACAAUAGCAACUCAGCCACAACUGGACUCUAGAGCAGUGGAGACAUGUUUCCUGGAGUGAAAAAUCACACUUCUCUGUCUGGCAAUCUGAUGGAUGUGUCUGGGUUUGGCAGUUGCCAGGAGAACAGUACCUUCCUUGACUGCACUGUGCCAAAUGUAA